AUGGCAUCAAGAAAGGCGGCAUCGGCGGCCGCGGAUGCCCAGAAGAAGCGGAAGCGAGAGAAGAUCGAGGACGCAGGCCGGUCCAAAAAGAGAAAGCCGCAGGACGAGAAGAACAAGGGUGCGAUUGUGGUGAAGCAGGCCGGAGAGACGACCGAGCCGGUUGUGGUCCGACAGAGCAGUCGGCCGACGUUGUGGAAGCUGUCGGAGCCCAUGGGCGGCUGCAUGUCCGACAUCGACCCAAUUUUUACGGCCGACGAAGGAUCGUCGAUUCAGGUGUACUCGACUGCCGACUCCCUCCUAGAGCGUCGCAUCAAGCUGCCGCAGCCGGACGGCGCAGCCGAGCGCGCCGGCCACAUUGUUGGGGCCGUGCUGUCGCCGCUGGCCGAGGAGAUCGUCUGGGUCGGCUGUGCGGACGGAUCCAUCUUCUUGGUCAACUGGUUGUCGGGCGCGGUGGAGCGGCUGAGCCGGCAGCAGGAGCCGGCACCCAAGCUGGUCGGCCUGGCCGUCGAGCUCGUCCACGUGGCCCAUCAGCCGAAAGAGGUACUCUUCCUCUCAGAGGGCUCGCGUGGUGCAUGGCAUGUGACGGCCUACGACACUGCAGCGCUGGCCACGUUGCCCGGCCGCACGCUGUUCUCGCACAACGGAGCCACGGCCAUCGAGCACCUGCGCACGGUCAACCACGGGCGGAUCGUGGUCGGCGCCAGCGGCCAGACCGUCUUCGUCGGCGAGUUGCAGCUGGCCGAGGGCCGCAUGCCCGUAGCCGUGGCCGAGCUGACCUACCAGUUCUUCUCCGUCGACGCGGUCGACGAGGUGUCCUGCCUAGACCUCCGGACGACGACGAAGAAGCGCGGUCCUGUACUCGACCUCGUGCUGGGCUGUGUGCGGGGUGCCAUUUACGUGUACGCCGACGUGCUCUUCCGGCUACAAAACGCCGCAGCAGAGGGCGCCCGGAAGAAGGCCGUGGCGGGCAUCCACCCGCGCAAAUACCACUGGCACUCGCGGUCGGUGUAUGCAGUGAAGUGGUCGCGAGACGGAAACUACUUUAUCUCGGGCGGAGCAGAAACGGUGCUCGUGCUGUGGCAGACCGAUACGGGCCGGCUGUCGUUCCUGCCGCAUUUGGCGGCCAGCAUCGAGAACAUUGUGGUAUCGCCACGCGGAUCAUCGUACGCCAUCCACCUGGACGACAACUCGAUGAUGGUGGUGUCGACGGCCGAGAUGAAACCGACGUGCUACGUGUCGGGACUGCAAUCGCUGGCGUUUGCGUCGGCGCCGCGCAAGGACGCAAGCGUGCGUCGGGCCUGGCAGCCGAUCGAGACCAUCACGCAUCCGGUGCCAGCGGUGAUCAGCCCGACAGAUGCAUCGCGGAUUCUGCUGCGCGUGGGCAACGGCCAGAAGAACACGAUGGUGGGCGAGGUUCCAUCGGCCUCGCUGCUGCAGACGUUUGACAUUGGGGCCUUCCAGAGUGUGGCCAAGCAGCCGCUGGCCCGGACGAACCCGACUGACUCCAAUCUGACGCUGCGCGGCCACCCGGUGACGGAGCCGACGAUCACGCAGCUGUGCACGUCGCUCGACGGCAAGUGGCUCGUGUCCGUGGACGAAUGGCAGCCGCCACCGCGCGACAUCAGCGGCAUCGCCGGCGAGCCGUCACUGCAGGACGACUGGGCGCGGGAGCGGCGCGAGAUCCACCUCAAGUUUUGGGCGAGCGUGGAUGGCGGCAGCAGCGGAGAGGCUCCGGCCUAUGAGCUGGUGUCGCGCGUGGACGAGGCGCACCGCACGACGCAAGUCGAGCCGAUCCUGGGCGUCGCAGCUGACAGCGGGCGGGCGAACCGAUUUGCCACGCUGGGCGACGACGCCGUGGUUCGGUUCUGGGGCUUGCGGCAGCGCGUGCACGACGGCCUGGCCGCCAAGGAUGACAAGGGUCGGGCGCUGGUCAGCUGGCACUGCACGCAGGAGGUAGUGCUGCCGCUGGGCGAAGGCGGCAGCCAGAGCGUUGUCGGUCGUGACGGGCUCAUCGCCCGCGAGCCCAAGACCAAGGCGCGGCGCAGCGGCGCCCUCACCUUCUCCGACGACGGUUCGACCGUGUUUGUCGCCUUUGGCGCCCCCGAUGAGGCCGUGCUGUACACCAUCGACGCCGAGUCGGGAGCUGUGCGCGCCUCGCUGCAGGGAAUGUUUCGUGGCGAUGUGCGCGGCGUCGAGAGCCUCGGGGCCACGCUGGUGCUGCUGUCCGAGGACCUGCGGGUAUACGAUGUCGUGGCCGAUGAGCUGCGGUAUGGCGUGCGGCUGCUAGGUGUCGAGAGCGAGAGCCAGGUCGGAGACGAGACAGAGGAGAAAAAGAACAAGACGGUUGCUGAGUCAUCUGCUUACUCAGCAUUGACGCAGCUCGUGGUUGGGCGCCAGUCGCAGACGUUUGCGGUCGCCGUGCCUCGCGCAUCCUCGGCCCGGCAGGCGGCUUCGCGGCUGAUGGUGUUCUCGCCAGAGCACGCCCAGCCGCUGCUGGUCGAGGACCUGCCGCACCUGGUGGUGUCGCUGCUGCCGGCCGUGGGCCUGUCGGGCUUCCUGGCCAUCGACGCGACGGCGCAGAUCUGGUCGGUGGUGGACGCAGCCGACACAGCCGCUCUGGGACGGCCGCUUUCGGAUCUGAACCUGCCGAUGACUGUGGCAGUGACUGCAGUUGAAAAACAGCUGCAGCUUGCAGACGGCGACGGGGAGGACAACGAGAUGGCGGACGUCGACGGCGCAGUCGAGGACGAGUCUGACGACGAGGCAACCAAAGACGGAGACGAGGAUGAAGACGACGAAGACGAGGACGACGAAGACGAAGAACAAGACUCGCAUGCAGCCGUGAUUGCGCCGCAGAAGCUGCGCGACAUCUUUGACGCUGCGCCAACGACGUCGGCGUCGAUUGAAGAGCUCUUCUGGCAGGUGUCAGGCCUUCUGUCAGCACUGCCGCAGCUGGUGCCGGCCGGACGGACGUGA